ACGGCAGUAAAGCAUCUAUCAUCAUGUCACCGGAAUAAGACCAUCGCUCAUUCAAUCAAUCUUGUUUGGAGAUCCAGAUACUGUGUGGCGCAGUUCAUGUGGCUGGGUGCUGAAUUUAGGUUGGCUCGGAAUUUACGCAGACUAUCCUCGUGACGUUAAAAUCACAUUACGAUUACUAUUAUUCUAUUUAUCUUUUGCACUGAUUUUAUUUCACGAGAUCAGUGUUGCUCAGAGAGGCCCUGGCGCUGUUAUCGUGCUUGUCGCUGUCGCAGGAGGACGAUAACGUGAGGGAGAGGCCAAGUUAUAGCUUUGAGGUGCUGAUUAUCACAACUUCCCGGAAGGUUUUUAACAAGUAGGGGCGUGUAGUGUGCUUUCGAAAGAUUACUUUUCGUCUGCAAACAUGCAUUAAUGUUACAUUCAAAACAUUUCCACAUAGCUCACACAAUGUCGCUGUUCCUUUACGACUACUCAGCAGACGUCAUCACGAUUGGGAGGGCAACGCACCGCAUUUGUACCGCGUGGAGGCUUGGUAUGAAUUCCCCGGUGCAGAAGAGAAGGCUACCGAUUGUUUCUCACAUAAACAAUAGCUUUUAGAUGUAAAUAUAUUCGGCUUCAACGCAUUGCUACAAGUACUGUUAUAUUUUACCAUAUUUGGUUUGCAAUAAUGGCUUUAUCCAUUGCAACUGUCUGGACAAGGUGCGCCACGGUUCUCUUUGUAUUCAGCGGGAUGUGGGGAAUUGCUUUGCCCAUUACUCGCUACUCUAUUCCCGAGGAAAUGCAAGAGGGUUCCGUUGUUGCAAACCUGGCUACAGAUUUGGGACUUGACGUUCGCGCUCUGGUAACACGCAAGGCAAAGCUUGACAUCAUCCACACAAAAAAAUAUUUGGACAUUAACAAAGAAACGGGAGAGCUGUUCAUACUUGAAAAGAUAGACAGGGAAUACAUAUGCUCGAGCAAGACAACGUCUUGUUUUCUUAAAACGGAUGUCAUACUUGAAAAUCCCAUUCGUAUUUUUUACAUUGAGCUUGAAAUCAUGGACAUAAAUGACAACGCACCUGUCUUUCGAAGGGAGACAAUGCAAUUGGAUAUUUCAGAAUCUACCGCUCCGGGAGAGAGAUUCUCUUUGACAAAUGCUGUGGAUGCAGAUGUCGGUGCGAAUUCUAUUAAGACUUACUAUUUGAGCGAAAGCAAGUAUUUUACAAUUGAAAUACAGACCGGAAGCGAUGGCUCUAAAUAUGUAGAUUUGGUUAUCAACAGUAAUUUAGACCGAGAGGAACAGGCGGUGCAUAAUUUAAUAUUAACCGCUGCAGAUGGUGGGGUUCCUGCGCGCUCAUCCACAGCCAGUAUCUUCCUUAGAGUUCUGGAUAUCAAUGACAAUGCCCCCUUUUUUAACCAGCCGAUAUAUGCUAUUAAUGUAACUGAAAACUCCCCAAUUGGAACUCUAGUAAUGAAGUUGAACGCAACAGACUUGGACGAGGGCACGAACGCAGAGAUUACAUAUUCAUACACGUUAUAUACAUCCGAGAAGACGCAAGAAAAGUUCUAUCUAAAUUCAAAUACAGGGGAAAUAAAGGUGAAGGAUGUGAUUGAUUUUGAGGAGAGUCACAGUUUCGAUAUAUAUAUUCAAGCAAGAGACCAAGGAUCGAAUUCGUUAUCUGGAGAUUGUAAAGUAAUGGCGUUUAUUACCGAUCUGAAUGACAACUAUCCUGAGGUCACCAUUACAUCUUUUAAAAGCACGGUCAAUGAAGAUGUUGUCAUUGGAACAUUGAUAGCAGUAAUCAGUAUAAGCGAUAGGGACUCUGGGGACAACGGUGAAGUUGAACUCACUUUGAACCAACAAGCAUCCCUACCCUUCGUUCUCGAUAAGUCUUCGGAGGAUUACUUUGCUCUGCUUAUUUCAGAACCACUGGACCGUGAGACAAUUCCAAGAUAUGACAUCACUUUCAUAGUCACAGACAAAGGAACACCUCGCUUAUUUGACAAUGAGACAAUCACCUUGGAGAUACUAGACGUCAAUGAUAACGCACCAGAAUUCCCCCAGUCGUUCUACACAAUCCAUGUUGUGGAGAACAACAUCCCCGGCGCACUGUUGACGUCACUCAGUGCUUUUGACCCGGACUUCCACGAGAACCAGUAUCUGGUCUAUUUUAUCAUGGAGAAGGAGAUCGUCAACACGUCUAUGUCCAUGCUGUUCUCCAUUAAUCCAGAGAAUGGCAACCUUUAUGCUCUAAAGACCUUUGACUUUGAAAGGGAGAAGGAGUUUCUUUUCCACAUAGAGGCCAGAGACUCUGGGUUACCUCCACUCAGCAGCAAUGUGACAGUUCACGUCCUCAUUCUGGACCAGAAUGACAACACCCCGCUCAUAGUGUCGCCUUGGCGAGCACAGGGCUCGGUGAUUGAAGAGGUGAUCCCGAGGUCCGUUGAUAAAGCAUUCCUGAUUGUCAAAGUAAUAGCCAUUGACACAGACUCAUUACAGAACUCACGGGUCACAUAUCAGCUUCUACAGACCAGUGACUCUACUCUGUUCAGUCUAGAUCAGUACAACGGGGAGAUCCGGACCACAAGAAUGUUCAGCUACAGGGACCCCCGUCACCAGCGGCUGGUUGUUGUCGCCAAAGACAAUGGAGACCCUGCUCUUUCGGCCACAAUUACCAUCAAGAUAUCAACAGUAGAACACAUGGUGACGCCAUUCUCAGAAACUACUGAGGUGCCUUUAGAAUUUGACUUGUUCACAGACUUAAAUCUGUAUUUGGUCAUCGGUUUGGGUUCAGUGUCCUUCCUGCUGUUGAUCACCAUAUUGGUGAUCAUUGUGCUGAAGUGUCAGAAACCGAAGCCCAUGAAGAUGCCUCCUGCUAUAAAUAUGAAUCUGAACAGUCUGAACAGGAACAGUGUGAUCAGCAGAAACAGUUACAUCAGCCAGAGGAGCUCCACCAUCGCUGAUUCCACCCUCAUCUCCAGUGAUGCCUACUGGUACAGCCUGUUUCUGGCAGAGACUAGGAAAGGCAAUGUGGUUGUCAGACAGCCUAUAGUACCCAAGGGAGCAGGCUACUUUGUGUCCAGUAUACCCAGAAGCACAGGUCCCUCAGAGACCAGCGACUCAAGAGCAUCCACACUACAGGAUUCCAGGGCCAGCAGUGACCUGCCAUGAUGUCCUCAUUCUGGGGUAUUCAGCUGGAGAAUGUUCAAAGCUGUUAAGAGCGACACCAACACCCCUCUUCAAUCACUGGGAUCCAACAGUUACUUACCUCUGGGGGCAGCUCCUCCAACCCUCUGCCCUCCUCGAACA